AUGAGUGAACGCAAGACUAUCGACUUAGAUCAAGGAUGGGAUUUUAUGCUGAAGGGAAUAAAGAAGCUGAAGAAUAUUCUAGAAGGCCUACCUGAACCUCAGUUCACCUCUGAUGACUAUAUGAUGCUAUACACGACCAUAUACAAUAUGUGCACUCAAAAGCCUCCUCAUGAUUAUUCCCAACCAUUGUAUGACAAGUAUAAGGAGUCAUUUGAAGAGUACAUCAUAUCAACAGUAUUACCUUCUUUGAGAGAGAAGCAUGAUGAAUUUAUGUUGCGUGAACUUGUGAGGAGGUGGGCUAACCAUAAAAUUAUGGUUAGAUGGCUUUCUCGUUUCUUUCACUAUUUGGAUCGAUACUUUAUUGCUCGGAGGUCACUUCCGCCGCUUAACGAAGUUGGGUUGACUUGCUUCCGUGAUUUGGUUUACAGGGAAAUAAAUGGGAAAGUGAGAGAUGCCGUAAUUUCUCUUAUUGAUCAAGAACGUGAAGGGGAGCAGAUCGAUCGAGCUCUAUUAAAAAAUGUAUUAGAUAUAUUUGUUGAAAUUGGAAUGGGGCAAAUGGAUCAAUAUGAUAAUGAUUUUGAAGCUGCCAUGCUCAAAGACACUUCUGCAUAUUAUUCUCGAAAGGCUUCAAACUGGAUCCUAGAAGAUUCUUGUCCUGAUUAUAUGCUCAAGGCUGAGGAGUGCUUGAAACGGGAGAAAGAUAGGGUUGCUCAUUACCUACACUCUAGCAGCGAGUCAAAGUUAUUAGAGAAAGUUCAACAUGAGCUUUUAUCUGUGUAUGCGUACCAACUUCUUGAAAAAGAACAUUCUGGAUGUCAUUCAUUGCUUACGGAUGACAAGGUUGAAGACUUGUCAAGGAUGUUCAGACUCUUUUCUAAAAUACCCCGAGGCUUGGAGCCUGUUUCCUGUAUAUUUAAGCAGCAUGUUACUGAAGAAGGUACAGCAUUGGUGAAGUUGGCUGAAGAUGCAGCAAGUAACAGGAAGGCUGAGAGAAGGGAUAUUGUUGGUUUACAAGAGCAGGUUUUUGUUCGAAAGGUGAUUGAGCUGCAUGACAAGUACCUGGCAUAUGUGAACGACUGUUUCCAAAAUCAUACUCUAUUCCACAAGGCUCUUAAAGAGGCUUUUGAGAUUUUUUGCAACAAGGGUGUUGCUGGAAGCUCAAGUGCCGAACUGCUUGCCACUUUUUGUGAUAAUAUUCUCAAGAAAGGAGGAAGUGAAAAAUUGAGUGAUGAAGCAAUUGAAGAUACUCUUGAGAAGGUUGUCAAGCUACUUGCCUAUAUUAGUGAUAAAGAUUUGUUUGCCGAAUUUUAUAGGAAAAAGCUUGCUCGAAGGCUUCUUUUUGAUAAGAGUGCCAAUGAUGACCAUGAGAGGAGUAUUUUGACAAAAUUGAAGCAACAAUGUGGUGGUCAAUUUACCUCAAAGAUGGAAGGAAUGGUUACGGAUUUGACGCUGGCAAAGGAGAAUCAAACAAGCUUUGAGGAAUAUUUAAGCAAUAAUCCUAAUGUAGACCCUGGAAUUGACUUGACAGUUACCGUUCUGACCACUGGUUUUUGGCCUAGUUACAAAUCUUUUGACCUCAAUCUCCCUGCAGAGAUGGUUAAGUGUGUAGAAGUUUUCAAGGAAUUUUAUCAAACAAAAACUAAGCACAGAAAGCUAACUUGGAUUUAUUCUCUGGGUACCUGUAAUGUAAGUGGGAAAUUUGAACCAAAAACUAUGGAGCUGGUUGUGACGACAUACCAGGCUUCGGCACUGCUUCUUUUCAAUUCCUCAGAUAGGCUGAGCUAUUCUGAGAUAAUGACUCAGUUGAACUUGACCGACGAUGAUGUUAUUAGACUGCUUCACUCCUUAUCAUGUGCCAAGUACAAGAUUCUUAACAAGGAGCCAAGCACGAAAUCAAUAUUACCUACUGAUCAUUUUGAAUUUAAUUCCAAAUUUACAGACAAAAUGAGGAGGAUCAAGAUUCCUCUUCCUCCUGUGGAUGAGAAGAAAAAAGUAAUUGAGGAUGUUGACAAAGACAGAAGAUAUGCUAUUGAUGCCUCAAUUGUGCGUAUUAUGAAGAGUCGGAAGGUUUUAAGUUACCAACAGUUAGUUAUGGAGUGCGUUGAGCAGUUAGGCCGCAUGUUUAAGCCCGAUGUCAAGGCAAUUAAGAAGCGGAUUGAAGACUUGAUCUCUAGAGACUACCUAGAAAGAGACAAAGAUAAUGCAAAUUUGUUCAAGUACUUGGCAUGA